GUCAACUCCGUUCAUGACGUUUUCGCUGGUGUUUGUUAUGUGCUUCGGUCCUGCAUCAGCAGCGUAUGAGAAGUGGACAGAUUGGUUCAAUCGAGAUCGCCCAUCAGGCAAUGGUGAUUCUGAGACAAGACAGGAUUUUGGGAAGCAACUGGCAUCCUGUCCAUACCCCAAUGGAAUUGAAUGCCAAACUACCGGAGGUGUGCCAUAUGACAAAAACGGGGAGAAAUUUGAAAAGGGUUAUGACUGCAAUGUUGCGAAUGGAUUUGUAUGCCACAACCGAUUGAAUGAGCCUCGUGGUUGUAGCGACUACAGAACAAGAUACCGCUGCAAUACAGGAGGUAGCUCUAAUCCAUGCAAUACGAACAAUGGCUUGUGUAGUCAUAUGUGUAGGUACUGUACUAACUGUGGAGGUCGUUGGUGCAGUUGCUACACUGGGUACAAACUACUGAGCGACUCCAAAACUUGCGAGGAGCCCCUUAGGUGUUUUGAGUGUAAUAGUAUUAAUGAUCCAGCAAGAUGUGGUAAAAUAAGCAAGACUGAUGAUACAGUAAUACAGGCACCAUGUAAUACUAUGUGCUACACGGCAAAAGACUGGAAUGGUUAUUAUUAUCGGGGUUGUGCUGAAACAAACCCUAAGUACCCCAAUCGACUUAUCUUCAGUGAUCCGCCACGAGACGAAGGAUAUACACCCUAUAGACCACCCAGUCAACCAGGAUAUGAUUCAUGGAAUCAUCCACGGUCGUAUUCAAAAACUGAUGUACAGUACACUUUCUGCAAAGGUGCUCUUUGUAAUGGAAAUGGGGGUACAGCAAAGAUCUUCAAAGGAUAUGGAACGCUCACCUCUCAAAACUUUGGCGGAUACCUGAAGUACGACGAUGACAUCGAGACCACCUAUGUGAUCUAUGCAGAUCAUCGUAUGAAAGUCACCUUCUCACAUUUUAAUAUUGAGGGUCACCGAUCCUGUAAAUAUGAUCGCCUUAUUCUGCGUGAUGGUGAAACGAGCGGCUCCAAACUGAUUGGUAAAUACUGCGAUAGCAAGAAACCAAAAAGAUCGAUCGUGACAUCAGGAAAAACCCUGUACGUGAAUUUCAAGACUGAUCACUUAGUUUCACGAUCUGGAUUCAAAAUGAGUUGGACCAAGCUUUAA